CAAGUGCGAUGCCUUCAGUCGCGACUUCUGUGCCACGCGGCGUAUACGCAACGCGCAGCGGCAACCAGCGAAUCCGGCGGAUAUAUCGGCGGGACGAGGCUAUAUAAGCAGGGGAUGCGCACCGAAAGCCAACAGAUGGUCGCCGACUGUGCACGCGUGUGGUUAUCGGGAAUCAGUAAAAAUCCGUGCUAAACACCGAAACUUAUUGUAAUAAAAGCGCGUGGAAUAAGCGGAAUAAUCAAAAUGCGGCCGCAUAUUUAUUUUGAGUUCUGAGACGGCUGAGCACAGGGGCAACCAAACUCUUUGGAUCUGCACGGAAUCCAGAAUUCCGAGAGAGCAAACAGACAACGCGAAGUCCCAUGAGUGCACUUCAAGUUAGAAACUAAAUGAGCAACUGCUGCCGGGAAACAAAGAUUCACUGGCGUCACGCGUAGAAGAAAGAACAACAACCGACGGGCGGAAAACAAUACAUAUCCCCAGGGCGAAGGAUUUCGCCAGUACGAUGAUAAUCAGCAUGAACCAGACGGAGGCCGCCCAGCUGGCGGCUGGGGAGCAUCUGGGCGGAUACGCCAGCAGCAGCAACAGCGUGCGCUAUCUGGACGACCGGCAUCCGCUGGACUACCUUGACCUGGGCACGGUGCACGCCCUCAACACCACUGCCAUCAACACCUCGGAGCUGAACGAGACUGGGAGCAGGCCGCUGGACCCGGUGCUCAUCGACAGGUUCCUAAGCAACAGGGCGGUGGACAGCCCCUGGUACCACAUGCUCAUCAGCAUGUACGGCGUGCUAAUCGUCUUCGGAGCCCUGGGCAACACCCUGGUGGUUAUAGCCGUGAUCCGGAAGCCCAUCAUGCGCACUGCCCGCAAUCUGUUCAUCCUGAACCUGGCCAUAUCCGACCUACUUUUAUGCCUAGUCACCAUGCCGCUGACCUUGAUGGAGAUCCUGUCCAAGUACUGGCCCUACGGCUCCUGCUCCAUCCUCUGCAAAACGAUUGCCAUGCUGCAGGCCCUGUGUAUUUUCGUGUCGACCAUAUCCAUAACGGCCAUUGCCUUCGACAGAUAUCAGGUAAUCGUGUACCCCACGCGGGACAGCCUGCAGUUCGUCGGCGCGGUGACGAUCCUGGCGGGGAUCUGGGCACUGGCACUGCUGCUGGCCUCGCCGCUGUUCGUGUACAAGGAGCUGAUCAACACAGACACGCCGGCACUCCUGCAGCAGAUCGGGCUGCAGGACACCAUCCCGUACUGCAUCGAGGACUGGCCCAGUCGCAACGGGCGCUUCUACUACUCGAUCUUCUCGCUGUGCGUGCAGUACCUGGUGCCCAUUCUGAUCGUCUCGGUGGCCUACUUCGGGAUCUACAACAAGCUGAAGAGCCGCAUCACCGUGGUGGCCGUGCAGGCGUCCUCCGCCCAGCGGAAGGUGGAACGGGGCCGGCGGAUGAAGCGGACCAACUGCCUGCUGAUCAGCAUCGCCAUCAUCUUUGGGGUUUCUUGGCUGCCGCUGAACUUUUUCAACCUGUACGCGGACAUGGAGCGCUCGCCGGUCACACAGAGCAUGCUCGUCCGCUACGCCAUCUGCCACAUGAUCGGCAUGAGCUCCGCCUGCUCCAACCCGCUGCUCUACGGCUGGCUCAACGACAACUUCCGCUGCAACGUCCAGGCGGCGGCGCGAAGGCGUCGCAAGUUGGGCGCCGAACUCUCCAAGGGCGAGCUCAAGCUGCUGGGGCCGGGCGGCGCCCAGAGCGGCACCGCCGGCGGCGAGGGCGGUCUGGCGGCCACCGACUUCAUGACCGGCCACCACGAGGGCGGACUUCGCAGCGCCAUCACCGAGUCGGUGGCCCUCACGGACCACAACCCCGUGCCCUCAGAGGUCACCAAGCUGAUGCCGCGGUAAAGAACAGGGUAUUCGUGUCCGCCUCCGCAGGACAUACGCGUGCAUGUCCUUUGUGCGCCCUCGGGCUGAUUGGAUUUGCAUGCUCCAAACGUCGUUGCUGCUCGCUUUUCGUUUCACUUGUUCCAACGG